GAUUAGGAGGAGGAGGAGGAGGAGGAGGAGGAGGAGGAGGAGGAGGAGGAGGAGACGAAGCGGCGGACGAAGGCAAGAGGCAAGAGGCAAGAGGCAAGACGCAAGAGGCAAGAGGCAAGAGGCAAGAAGCAAGAGGCAAGAGGCAAGAAGCAAGAGGCAAGAGGCAAGAAGCAAGAGGCAAGAGGCAAGAAGCAAGAGGCAAGAGGCAAGAGGCAAGAGGCAAGAGGCAAGAAGCAAGAGGCAAGAAGCAAGAGGCAAGAGGCAAGAGGCAAGAGCUCUCGGCCAGUGUCCAUCCGCCAAUCGGUGUCAGCCACAGGGAGCGCCGGCGACGACCGCACUUACGGCAGCGGCCACAGGCGCAUGUGUUCUCGAUGGCCAGUCGCCUCCCUCCCUCACAAGAGUAAGGUACUAGGGGUAAGAUACAGGGCUUAG